AUGGCCUCGCAAGCACUUCGUGACAAGCAGGCGCCCCUCAAGUCCCAAUACAAAGAGGAUCCGAGCUCCGCCAUUAUCACGCUCAAAGCCUCCGGUACGCUCAACGACAGCAGCAUAACAUGCAAGCUCGAUACCGGCAAGCAGGUCAAGCAGGCCGAGCAAAAGAUCGCAGGAUUGCAUGAAAAGUCCGGCGGAGAGGGAUUCGAUAUUUCGGGCGAGCUGUGCAGCGGUGAUAUGUUGCUUGAGGCAUUAGUGGCCUGCGCAGGCGUCACACUCAAGGCCGUAGCAACCGCGAUGAACAUCCCGAUCAAGUCCGGUGUUGUCAAAGCAGAGGGUGAUCUCGAUUUCAAGGGUACUAUGGGCGUGGACCGAGAAGCACCAGUCGGCUUCAAGGACAUCCGUCUCUUGUUUGACCUGAAGUUCCAAGAAGGAGCGGACAUUCCAGAGGAAAGCGUGCAAAAGCUAGGAAAGCUGACGGAGCGAUACUGCGUGGUGUUGCAGACGAUAGCGAAGAAGCCGGAAUUGAGCGUACAGCUGCAGGGACUUCAGAAGUCUGAAGACGGUGUUGACAAGGGAUACGUAUGGGGACAGAAAUCUUGA